GCCCGCCACCCGCGCAGCACCUCCGCCCGCUCCGCCCUCUGGGUCGUGGUGCCCAUCCCUCCCCUGCUCUGCAGUCGCCUCCCCGACAGGGGCUCGGGUGCCGGGCUGGGGGCAGGGGCGGGAGCCGCGGGACGAGCGCCUGAGGUGACCUGGAGGAGCCAUGGAACUGAGCAGCAAAAAGAAGCUUCAUGCUCUGUCAUUAGCCGAGAAGAUCCAGGUGCUGGAACUCCUGGAUGAGUCCAAGAUGUCCCAGUCAGAGGUGGCCCGGCGCUUCCAGGUCUCCCAGCCCCAGAUCUCACGCAUCUGCAAGAAUAAGGAGAAGCUUCUGGCAGACUGGUGCAGUGGCACAGCCAACCGGGAGCGCAAGCGCAAACGGGAGUCCAAGUACAGCGGCAUCGAUGAGGCUCUGCUCUGCUGGUACCACAUCGCCCGGGCCAAGGCCUGGGAGGUGACAGGGCCCAUGCUGCUUCACAAAGCCAAGGAGCUGGCUGAUAUCAUGGGCCAGGAUUUUGUGCCUAGCAUCGGCUGGCUGGUCCGUUGGAAACGCCGAAACAACGUAGGCUUUGGGACUCACCAUGUCCUCGCCCCUUCAUUCUCCUCUGAACCACCUCCUCCAGGACUCACAUCUCAGGCCCAGCCACCUCUUUCCCUUAAAGACUUCUCCCCAGAGGACAUCUUUGGCUGUGCCGAAGUGCCCCUGCUGUAUCGGGCAGUGCCUGGCAGAGCUUUUGCAUGUGAUCGGGUGAAGGUACUGCUGUGUGCCAACAGCAGGGGUACAGAGAAGCGGCGGGUAUUAGUGGGCGGGCUCCAGGCUGCCCCAAGAUGCUUCUUUGGGGUCUGCAGUGAGGUGCUGCCUGCUUCCUACCAUCCAGACCCAGACAUUCCCUGGUCAGAAUGGUUGGCACAGUUCGACCAGGACAUGGGGCAGCAGGGCCGACAGGUAGCCUUGCUGCUGGCUGCCCGAGUGGUGGAGGAGUUGACAGGCCUGCCCAGGCUCCACCAUGUGAGGCUCUUGCCUCUGUCCGCUGCCAGCACCACACCUUCCCUGCCCAGCUCUGUGGUCUGGGCCUUUAAGGCCCAUUACCGGCACCGUCUGCUGGGCAAGCUGGCCGCUGUCCAGAGCAGGAGGGAGGACACCCUGCUGGCAGAUGCCAGGACCCGCAUCACAGUGCUGGACGCUCUGCACAUGGCAGCUGCAUCCUGGGCUAAGGUGCCUCCUCAGCUCAUUUGGAGCAGUUUCAUUCAGGAAGGGUUGGCUCCUGGCAAAAUGCCCCUGGCCCUGGACAAAGCCUCUGAGAUGCCACCAAUCCCCAGAGGGCUGAGUCAGGAGGAGUUUUCCUGCUUUGUAGACCUAGAGAGUGAGGAGCCAGGGCCUGGAGUGUGCAAAGAGGAGACAGGCACUGAAGAUGAGGAAGAGCAUAGAGAGGAUGACUUUGAGGCCCUGCCUACCAAAGCAGAAGCCUUGCAGGCCCUGGGCACCUUGAGGAGGUGGUUUGAGUGCAAUGGCACCUCACCAGAGCUCUUUGAGAAAUUCUACGACUGUGAGGCAGAGGUGGAGCGGCUCUGCUGCCUGUGAAGACACCUUGGCUGCCACCAGAGCCCCUCUGCUCUGUUUCCCAUGGAAACGCCUCUCCAGAAGGCAGACCAGUACUUUCUUUCCUGUGGAAAUACAGCAUGUGGAAGGUAUAGAAGGGAGGAAAGUUGUAUACCAAGUUUAAGCUCAGAGUGAAAGUCGUUCAAGCCUGAGAAGAGGCUCUAAAGAUGUAGCCUUCAGGGCUGGAAUCCUG